AUGAAGCCAGCCAUGGAAACUGCAGCGGAGGAAAAUGCUGAACAGAGCCAAGAAAGAAAAGUGAACAGCAGAGCUGAAAUGGAAAUUGGCAGGUACCACUGGAUGUACCCAGGCUCAAAGAACCACCAGUACCGUCCCGUGCCAACCCUGGGGGACAGGGCUAACCCCUUGAGCAGUCCAGGCUGCUUUGAAUGCUGCAUCAAGUGUCUGGGCGGAGUCCCCUACGCCUCCCUGGUGGCCACCAUCCUCUGCUUCUCGGGGGUCGCCCUGUUCUGCGGCUGUGGGCACGUGGCUCUGGCGGGCACCGUGGCAAUCCUGGAGCAGCACUUCUCCACCAACACCAGUGACCAUGCCCUGCUGAGUGAGGUAAUUCAACUGAUGCAGUAUGUCAUCUACGGAAUUGCAUCCUUUUUCUUCUUGUAUGGGAUCAUUCUGCUGGCAGAAGGCUUCUACACCACAAGUGCAGUGAAAGAACUGCAUGGGGAGUUUAAAACAACAGCCUGUGGCCGGUGCAUCAGCGGGAUGUUCGUCUUCCUCACCUAUGUGUUGGGAGUGGCCUGGCUGGGUGUGUUUGGUUUCUCGGCAGUGCCAGUGUUCAUGUUCUACAACAUAUGGUCCACCUGUGAGGUCAUCAAGUCCCCCCAAACCAACGGGACAGCAGGAGUGGAGCAGAUCUGUGUGGACAUCCGGCAAUAUGGAAUCAUCCCUUGGAAUGCUUUCCCAGGAAGAAUAUGUGGCUCGGCCCUGGAAAACAUCUGCAACACCAACGAGUUCUACAUGUCCUAUCACCUGUUCAUCGUGGCCUGUGCCGGAGCUGGCGCCACCGUCAUCGCCCUGAUCCACUUCCUCAUGAUACUGUCUUCUAACUGGGCUUACUUAAAGGAUGCAAGCAAAAUGCAGGCUUACCAAGAUAUCAAAGCAAAGGAAGAACAGGAACUGCAAGAUAUCCAGUCUCGGUCAAAAGAACAACUCAAUUCUUACACAUAA